CAUUAGUACAGAGAAGCGGUUCGGUACCUCUUUGAAGGUGCUCUUAAAACGAUAAGUAAAGUAGCCGAGUUUGUAAUCAUGACUACCAACUAAAAUGCCUCGUCAUGCGUCGCGGGGAACCCUAUAAAAAGUGCCCCAACAUUUCAUCAUGGAGAUCAGAAAAUCGUCAUAGGUCGAGCACUACGAAUGCGAACCGGGAGCAGCUAGGCAACAUGUUUGUUUUAAUAUAUCUUCUGAUCGCGAUCUCUUCGCUUUUGGCCUACUUGCACCACCGCAACUUCAACUACUGGAGUCGCCGCGGAGUGCCACACGAUGCGCCGCAUCCACUGUAUGGCAACAUGGUCGGGUUCCGGAAGAGCCGGGUAAUGCAAAACUUCUUCUUUGACUACUACAACAAGUACCGAAAGAGCGGCAACCCCUUCGUGGGCUUUUACUUCCUGCACAAGCCGGCCGCCUUCAUCGUGGACACCCAGCUGGCCAAGAACAUCCUGAUCAAGGACUUCGCGAACUUCGCCGAUCGCGGCCAGUUCCACAACGGACGCGACGAUCCGCUCACGCAGCACCUGUUCAACCUGGACGGAAAGAAGUGGAAGGAUAUGCGUCAGCGGCUGACGCCCACGUUCACCUCGGGCAAGAUGAAGUUCAUGUUCCCCACGGUGAUCAAGGUGUCCGAGGAGUUUGUCAAGGUGAUCACGGAGCAGGUGCCCGCCGCCCAGAACGGAGCUGUGCUCGAGAUCAAGGAGCUGAUGGCCAGAUACACCACCGAUGUGAUUGGCACCUGUGCCUUCGGCAUUGAGUGCAACACGCUGCGCAACCCAGUCAGCGAUUUCCGCACCAUGGGAAAGAAGGUGUUCACCGAGGUGCGUCACGGGAGACUGCUCACCAUGUUCAUGUUCAGCUUUCCCAAGCUGGCCAGCAGGCUGCGGAUGCGCAUGCUGCCGGAGGACGUCCACCAGUUCUUCAUGCGCCUUGUCAACGACACGAUUGCCCUCCGGGAGCGGGAGAACUUCAAGAGGAAUGACUUCAUGAACCUGCUGAUCGAACUGAAGCAGAAAGGGCGCGCCACCCUGGACAACGGUGAGGUGAUCGAGGGCAUGGACAUCGGUGAACUGGCCGCCCAGGUGUUCGUCUUCUAUGUGGCCGGCUUUGAGACCUCCUCCUCGACUAUGAGCUACUGCCUGUAUGAGUUGGCCCAGAAUCAGGGCAUCCAGGACAGGCUGAGGAACGAGAUCGAAACGGUGCUGGAGGCACACGAGGGGCAGCUGACAUAUGACUCCAUCAAGGCCAUGACCUACUUGGACCAGGUCAUCUCAGAAACCCUGAGGCUCUACACCUUGGUGUCCCACCUCGAACGGCAGGCCCUUAACGACUACGUGGUGCCAGGCCACGAGAAGUUGUUGAUUGAGAAGGGCACUCAGGUCCUAAUUCCCGCGUGUGCCUACCACCGCGAUGAGGAUCUUUAUCCCAAUCCUGAGGUCUUCGAUCCCGAGCGCUUCUCGCCGGAGAAAGUGGCCGCCCGCGAGUCCGUGGAGUGGCUGCCAUUCGGCGACGGACCGCGGAACUGCAUCGGGAUGCGGUUUGGCCAAAUGCAGGCCCGCAUCGGCCUGGCUCAGAUCAUCAGCCGGUUCCGGAUAUCCGUCUGCGACCAGACAGAGAUCCCACUCAAGUAUAACCCCAUUUCCAUAGCUUUGGUCCCCGCUGGGGGCAUCUACUUGCGGAUGGAGCGCAUCUAA